AUGUUUCCCGCUUUUAUCCCAUCUAAUCCUUCAGAAGUUUCAUUGCAUUGUUUUUCAAGUAUAAUGAAAGCCAAAGCAAUCAAACUUUAUGAUAAUGGUUUGAUUGCAAAUGGAGACAAAGGCUAUCGUUCUGUAUUAGGUACACAAGGUGUGACUGAAGGAAGCUAUUAUUAUGAAGUAACUAUUCUUAACCCUUCCAGCGAAUCUCUCAAUAUUCCUUCAAACCCAAUUCCUCCUUCAGCUCCAAUGCUGGAGCCUUUAUUGACAACUUCAAAUAUGCUGUAUUUAGAAACACAUGACACAAUCUCUAUACAUUUUAACUCAGCUCAUACAAGGAUAGGCUUUGCAACAGCUCAAACUGAUUUAGAGUUGCCAAUAGGAGCUGACAGCUACAGUUACUCAUAUAGAGACCUUGAUGGAGGAGUAUUUCAUGAAGGCUAUAUAAAUGAGUACGCUGAUUCAUAUGGAUACAAUGACAUAAUAGGAUGCCUAAUUAGACUUCAACCUCAAAAGCCUAAAAUAAGAGGAGUUAUUGAGGAAGGGCCUGUAGUUAGCGAAGGGAGCGAAAUUCAUUAUUUUAAGAAUGGAGAACAUAUGGGAUGCGCAUUUUCCAAUAUUUAUGAAGGAUGCUAUUAUCCAGCUGUAGGAUUAUACCAAUAUGCAAGAGUCGAAAUAAACAUGACUCCAAAUCUUUUAUACCCUAAAAUACUAAAGCAGUACAAUGCAAAACCAUUUUUUAAUAAUCAUAAAUACUUUUAA